AUGGCGGCGAUAUCCAACGUGCACAAUGCUCCAGAUGUGAUUAUUCAGGCCAAAGAACGAUAUUGUCAAGCCUUGAACGCUACCAACUUGGCCUUACGAGAUCCGACCCUUGUUGCAGCGGACUCAACUCUCAUGGCGAUCCUUCUGCUGGGGCUCUUUGAGACCGUCACUUUUGAAAACUGGAGAGAUUACCAGACUUGGGCGACACACAUCGAGGGAGCCACAGCGCUGCUACAAGUUCGCGGCCAAGAGCAAUUCUCUCGUGAGUUGGGUAUACAACUUUACAUGCAAUUCAGGAAUCAGAUACUACAAGCCUGUAUUCAGCGGGGCGCAAGAGUCCCCGCAGCUUUGGUGGAGGUGACCACAGAAUUCGAGUCUAGCAGACUCGGCAUGCGCUACGUGAAUAAUCGUCCAGGGUCUUUGGCUCUAAUCGGUUUCCGAAUUGUCAAUCUCCGCGCAGAUAUCAAGAGUCAGCGAAUCACGGACCCCGACGCGAUCUGUCAGAUCAUACUCGACAUCAAAAGCGACUUGCAGGCCUGGGCAGCGCUGCAGACUCACAGGGCUUACUAUGUGACUGAGGUCAUUGAACCUCGCACCGGAACGUAUUUCAACGGAAAGCGCCACAUCUACACGAGCGUCUGGGGAGCGCAAGUCUGGAAUAAUUGGAGGUCGUUGGGUAUCCUGGCCAAUGAGAUCCUUCUGAACUAUGUUGACCAGCAGAACGCGUAUAAUGAGUCUUUGAAAGAGGCUAUGCGGUUUGAGGCCUUUUCCGCAAUUCGAAACCUGUCGACCGAUAUUUGCAUAUCAACAACAGAUCUCUCUGGUUCACCGAGAGCGUCGACGAUGAUUUGGCCACUGUACAUCGUGUCGCAGGAGGAGAUGAAUAGUGCCGCAGUGCGGUCUUGGGCUGCGGAUCAUCUACAUGGCAUCAAAGUGUCUCUGGGAAUCAAACAGGCUGCUGUCUUGGCUGAUGCUGCGUGCCCAAAUUGGAGGGAAGCUGGACUCAUGUCGAGUAUUGACAUCGGGUCAUGA